AGUGGAUUAUUCGGAUGGCCGGGUCGACAACGUCAUACAGCGGUAAUCAUUGCAGAGUAUAUACGGUAAUAGAGCUGUUCUCAGGCUAGCGCGGUAGUGUUACUAGGCAGUGCUGUCGGUCGGCUCUAUUCCUGAGCGGUGGACUAUGAAGAGAUUAUAGGGUUCUAUGUAAAGACUGUCCAGCCCGAGACGCCAUCAUGGACCUGGAUCAAACCAUCUCCAUUCUCACAACGACGUUGCUGAUAUUUUUGGGUAUCCAGACAUGCAUCCUACAAGUCAUCAACUUCAGCAACACGAACGGCAACACCGCCAUGGACCCCUACGUCAUACAGCCCGACAUCUCUAUCUCCCUCGUCGUCCUUCUCGUCGUCGUCAUUCUGAUUGUACCUGGCGUGACCGCCCUCGUCGCUACCAUGAAGAAAUCCCCCACCACACGUGUAGCUCACCUGAUCAUCAUCUCGCUGGCCAGUGCGGGGCUGCUGGCAGUCUUGUGUCAAGACAUGUGGACGCUGAGUCAGGUCGGAAACUCGUACUCCUGCACUGUAGGAAUCAGUCAAAUUGACUCCACCCAACUGUGUACAGCGAGAGACACCAGGAUCAGCAACUUUGUACUGAUGCUUCUCGGACUCAUCAUCCUCGUCGCCAACCUCAUCUACACCGGCCUAGUCUACUGCAAGAGCAAGGUUAAUGAGAGGGGUAAUUCGUCAGAGAAUGAAGGCAAGGAAUGAAGAAGUUCCACAAGAUUGGCAUGAAAUUAUCACAGAUAUCUGUAAAUAUUGACUGAUUCGCGGCGCAUCAUGGAACUUGCUCACGUGAGGAACUAUCUUCAUCAGCUGAUGAACGUCACGAAAUACAACUUCAAUCCUUAGAUGUUCACCGCACACACGUGACAACUCGUAAGUCGUCAACACGGUGAACGGCCAUAUUGUCAUGGUGUCCUGCUUGUGUAUACCCGGACGUGAAACUGGCAGAUAUUGCUUGACGAGUUAAAGCGGCACCUUGUUAAACCGGAUUGUUGAAUUUCAAACAAUUGGGUAGUAUUUACUGUAUACUUUGAAACGGUGAAAACAUACAUUAUUUCAAGUGUUUGAACAAAGUGGACACAAUUUAUGGAUAACAGCUUCUUUAUUUACUGUAAAGGCGACGUUUCGGCAUAGAUCCUUAUACAGUUGUCAAGCAAGAUGUUUUUGCAUCUUCCUGAGGCAAGGGAGUUAAUUAACUAUAAAGGUACAGGAAACUGGACUUUUAUAGUCAGUUAACGCCCUUGCCUCGGGAAGAUGGUUGUUUGUUGCAAUUGUUUGUUUGAAAAUAAGGUUUCAAAACAUGUACAAAUAUAUGCUGAUAAUUCUUUAAGCAAUAUCAGCAUAAUUACAAUGUAAUCAACUUACAAAAUUUAACGGUCAAUAACAAAACAUAACUUGAGCUGAUGUAAUUACAAACAUCUGUGUAUAUUUUUGUUGUCAUUUAAACAUCUUGAUCAUG